AUGGACGUCGCCGCUCUAUUGGCGGAGUAUUUGCGAGCCCCAGUGCCUAGUCGUAGGGGGAUGGUGGCCUCCAACUCGCGCCUCUUCACCCCUGACAUGGUGGCGGCUUUAGAUGAAGCCUACGCAACAUUACUUCAGGCGCGGAGUCAGGCAAGAGACGCCUAUCGGAGUAUUGACGAUGUUAUGGGGAACAUUGAUCUCCCCUCACUGCCCAGACUGACCCCGAUGGAGCGGAGUGAGCUGGACCUGACAGAGGAGGCGAUUAUUGCACAAUUUGCGGACCACCUCUCGACGUUGCUAGCUCAAGGAGCGAUGACAGGCGCUGCGUUGGCGGGAGAAGCACUCUCGGUGGGUGGUACGAGCUGCAAUUUUGCCAAGCCGUGGCAUAAGCAGUGCUCUAUCGUGUUGGCGAUUCUGUCCUUCUUGCCGGUUGAGUUCACCUUCAAUGUGGCGGAAAACGUGUGCAAGCUCUGGCGAACGUGGUUGUACGUUUCUGCGGAUUCGCAGGCCUUUUGGACGGGUUGCGUGCAGCAGGAGUUUCCGGAGACUCUGCAGGCGCUGCUGCAGUUGCAAGACGUGGACCUGUACCAGAGUGACUGGCGCACUAUUGCAAUGGUGUGCUGCGCUGACAAGGACAAGGGGGUGUUGGUGGAAGAAGAAGAAUUGCCCGUGUCGUAA